UCACCGCUUCGCUCUCAGCUGAGGAACCACAACAAAACGACGCGGUGUGUAGGAGUGUUGUAGUGCUGUAGCUUCUCUACUCUAUUACUACUAUUACAGUCAGGAGCAGCCUAAGUAAUGUAACUUUAGCCCCUGAUGCAUGCAAGUCAACCACCUAGCAGUCCUCAGCAGUGCACAUCUUGGGGAAGCACGAGUGAGGAGUUGGCAUCACUGUGAGUCUGCAGGAGCAAAAAGAGGAGGAAGGAACUGAGUAACGCCUGCAACAUGUCUGCAUCGCUGAUCAACUUUGAGAGUGCCCGGGAGAAGGAACAGAAGCGGCAAUGGGAACGGAAGGCAAGGCAAAACAUCCUGGAGAAGGCCCAGCAGGAGUUUGAGACACGACAGCAGAAAGAGGAGGCAGCGCGGCAGAGGGGUGAGCACACCUGGAUGCUGCCAUCAGUGGAGGCCAGGCUCUCCCAGGACCACGAUUCAGCCAAGAAGAAGAAGAAAAAGAAGGACAAGAAGAAGAAAAAGAAGAAAGAGAAAAAGGCCAAGAAAAACAAGAGGAAAGACUCAUCCUCGUCGAGCAGUGAUAGUGAAGAUGACGAGAGCAUGGGGGAAGGUGUGUGGGUGGCGCGCACUGCCUCCACCAGCUCAUCGGCCCCAGCAAAGGCUCCAAGUCCCCAGUCUGCCAUCAAAGGCCCACAGCUUCCUCCCCAGGAGAGCACCUCAGAGGAACCUUUGAAGCGUGAUGGCUGGAUGGAGAUGACAUCCCUCUUUGGCACCUUCUCUCGUGAUGAAAUGAGGGAGCGUGAGGGCACCAGCAGGAAGAAGGCCAAGGAGGAGGAAGAAAAGAAGAAAAGAGAGGCUGCCAAGCCAGGAUCUCAUGCCCGAGAGCUAAACCCGUACUACAAAGAUGGAGGGACAGGGUUGCCACAGGAGCAGCAGAAGGCAACACCAGUACCAGCAGCAGCCACCUCACAGAUCACAGGACUGGACGCUGGCUGGCUGAGGAAAGCCCUGCAGCGUGCCAAGGAGCAGGCCAGUGCUGAGGGCAAGUCCCUAGAGGAGAUUGCUGCCCAGCGCUGGGGGUCAUUGGCAAGAUUCAAUGAACUGCUGGCAGAGGCUGAAGGAAGAGGGAAGCAAAGACAGAAUGAUUCAAGGAGCCAGGACAGGAGAAGAGAGAGGAGGAGCAGAAGCAGAGAAAGAGACAGAAUGAGGAAUAGAAGCAGGGAAAGAGACAGAAGGAAAAGCAAGAGCAGAGAUAGAGAUGGAAACAAGAACAGAAGCAAAAGUCAAGAAAGAGAAAGAAAUGCAGGAAUCAGGAAGGAGAGAAGAAAUAGGAGCAGAAGCAGGGAGAAAAGAGACAGGAGUGAGGAGAGGAGAAGACACUGUCAUAGAAGAAGUAGUAGUUCAAGCAGUAGUGGAAACAGUAGCAGCCGCAGCAGCAGUAGCAGUGACUCAAGUAGAAGCAGCAGCAGAAAUAGAAGCAAGCAGGGUAGCAAAAAAGAUGAUUAUCACUGCAGAGAAGACAGUUCCAGGUUUUCACAUAAGUUCCUCAGGCCUUCGGAAGAGCCAAGUAAGAGCAGUGCCUUGUCUCAGAGGUUCCAGAAGCCAGUAGAUGAUAAUUUCAGCAGACAUGCCAGUCAGUCAGCAUGCAGGGCUUCAUCAAACAGUAGCAGCAGCAGCAGCAGCAGGUGGCAGAAGAAGGAGUACAAGCAGCCAGUGAAGCAGCAGGAGCCACAGAGAAGAGCACCAUCCCCUUCCUCUUCUUCCUCCUCCAGCAGUUCAGAGGAUGAGCCAAUAAGUGAGCCACCAAAACCUGCCACAGUAGGACCAAGAGAGAAUCCUGCCGCCACUAAGCCUCCUGCUGCAGCCUCCACCCAACUCACUGACAAGGAGAUGAAUGAACUCGCUGCCAAGAUCAUGAAAGCCGAGCUGGUAGGCAAUGAUACUCAGGCUGCCAAGCUGAAGGCACGCCUGGAGGCAGCUAGGGAGGCACGGGCAGCUGGCGGUGGACCAGGCCAGGCUGGGGCAGGGGAGGGCAGUGGACAGAAGGAGGAGGUAGUUGUCCUCACCCGCACUGACAGCCGAGGAGUGAGCCGGCCAGUGAUGGGGGCAGGGGCUGAGGAUGGGCAUGGCAAGAGGAGGACCAAGGUGAAGACACAUGGGCAGGACGGCCAGAGGGCGAGGUACUUCCCUGAUGAUGACCACUACAACCUCAAGAACAUGUUUGAGAAGGAGAAGGGCACCACAGCAGAGGACCAGAAUGCCAUGUUUGAGCAGGCAGCCAUGAAGAACAUUGAGAGGCUUAAUGACGACUAUGACAUAGACGACAUGUUCAUGAGCAAGGCAGCUCUGAGGGACAGCGCCGCCAAGCAGGCUGAGAGGGACAAGAAGAAGGCCAUACAAGAGCACCAGCGGGUGGAGCGUUCCCUGGAGAACUGCCAUUGGUGCUUUGACAACAAGGAAAUGCCCAAGCACCUAAUUGUGGCCUUGGGAAAGAAGUGUUAUGUGAGCCUGCCCACCCACCAGUCCCUCACGCCAGGCCACUGCUGCAUAUCCCCCAUCCAUCACAUCUCCUGCUGCGUCCAAGCUGAGGAGGACCUGUGGGAUGAGGUGCAGAAUUUCAGGAAGUCACUAGUGAAAAUGUUUGCUUCCCGAGGUGAGGACUGCAUUUUCUUUGAGACAGUGAAGAGGCUGCGUCACUUCCCUCACAUGGUGCUGCAGUGUGUGCCACUCCCCAGGGAGACGGGAGACAUGGCCCCUAUCUACUUCAAGAAAGCCAUCAUGGAGUGUGAGCGAGAGUGGGCCCAGAACAAGAAACUGGUGGAGCUGAAGGGGCGGGAUGUGCGGCGCGCUGUGCCCAAGGGUCUGCCUUACUUCUUUGUUGACUUUGCCAUGGAUGCUGGCUUUGCCCAUGUCAUUGAGGAUGAACAGGAAUUCCCUAACAACUUUGCUCAGGAAAUUGUGGGAGGCAUGCUGGACCUGGAUUGCAACCUGUGGCGGAAACCUCGCCAGGAGAACUUUGACAACCAGCGGAGGAAGGUGAUGGAGUUCAGCCGGUGGUACAAGGAGUUUGACAUCUCACAGGAAGGCUGAGGGGGUGGAGGAGGAAGAGGAGAAGGAGGAGGAGGCUGGAGAGAGGAAGGCUUUCAGAGGAUGCCUUACUUCAGCUGGUCACUGUAAGGGUGAGUUUGGGGUAGAAAAGUUUCAGUAAUAAAUUGAAGGUAUAAGUUUGUAUUUCUUGCACUUCUGUGGCCAUUAAUGUCUUUUGCUGUCAUUAGGUUUCCCCUUCUGUACUCAUUUGCUGUUGUGGAGUCCAGUAGGAAAUACAGUUUCUAGUAAUAAUAUCUAAUAGUAAUUGUUGGAAUGAUCUCUGAUUAUGUUGAAGAUACUAUAUUUAUUUGAAGGCCACAAUGUUUUCUUCAUUGGUCAUAUAAUCCUUCCAUGUUCAGCUGCAGUUGCUCUACAGUACAUGUGUCAUAAGGGAUAGAGUCAUAUAUCAAGUAACGGUGAGUCACCUGUUAUUAAUCCCAUCACCUCAGUUCUCUCACAGCAAAUGUCAUUCUGUAACAAAUUGACUGAUAUCAAUGAGGAUAUUGAGAAAUGCCUUAAGGGAUUAAUAAGUCUACAGAUCUGGAAGUGCAGUUUAUUUUACAAAUCUUUGAGAGAGGUACCUUUAAGCAAGUGACGAGGCAUUAAUUUUUGUUGUUUGUCAGUCAUGUGAUGUUUUGUUGGGGAAGGCAUAGAAGAAAUAUGUUAGCUUUGACUUAUUUACUUUUUAAGAUUCAUCCAUGAAAUGUUAUUAAUUUCUAACAUCACUGAUAUGACAAAAAAAUUCUGUACAUUUUCUUUAUUCUUUUAUAUUGAGCAAAAUAUUCCUUAUAUAUUUAUAAAUGUAAUUAAGUUACAGAAGUUGUAAUAUAUCUGUAAUAUAAGCUGAGAAGAAAGUAAAGGAAAUUACAGCUCCAA